AUGUCUCAGCCUCGUCCAAUCCUGUCAGAAUUCGAUAUCAUUUUUGCCGGAGGUGGUACUACAGCUUGCGUUGCUGCGGGCCGACUAGCUGCGUGCGAUCCCUCUCUCAAGAUUUUAAUUUUGGAAGCGGGUGAACAUACCCUCGAUCAAGCUGCUCAUAUCCAACCCUACCAAUAUUUCACCCAUCAGGCGCCGACAAGUACCACGCUGACAGCCAAUGUUGGAAAUCCUAAUCCGCGUCUCAAUGGCCGUGCACCAAUUGUUCAGUCCGGUCAUUGUGUAGGUGGAGGCUCAAGCGUGAAUUUCAUGAUAUACACUCGUGCGCCUGCCUCAGAUUUUGAUGACUGGGGGACCGACGGUUGGGAAUCUGAGAAUCUAAUUCCUCUCAUGAAGAAGCUGGAGACAUACGAGGUCCAGCCUGAUGGCCCAACUCACGGGGACAAUGGACCUAUCAAGGUAUCUCAUGGUGGCUGCACAACAGGUAUCUGGGAAGAGUUCGUGCAUGUUGGUACAACCUAUCACAAGAGGCCAUAUGCCGACGACACAGAGGAUCUAGAAACAUGCAACGCAUACAGUCCAUGGGCGAAGUAUAUUGACGGAACGACUGGAAGGCGUUCUGACGUAGCUCACCACUAUAUAUACAACCAAGCCCACAACCCGAAUUUACAACUUUGGGUCGGCAAGCUUGUGAAGCGCAUUAUAUUUGAGGACAAGCGUGCCGUAGGUGUUGAGUUCACCUGCGAUCCAGUGUCUUGCCCAGAUGCCGAUCAAUCAUCGAACAUCGUGAGAGCAUUAAAGUUCGUUGUUGUCUCUGCUGGGGCAUUUGGUUCACCAGCCAUUCUCGAGAGGUCUGGAAUCGGUGCUGAGAGGGUCCUCAAGCAAUGUGGUAUCGAGCAACUGGUGGACUUGCCUGGUGUUGGAGAAAAUUAUCAAGAUCAUAUCGGCUGCUUCGUUCCAUACUUUGCUGCUGACGGAGCCGUUACCUUGGACCCUCUUUGGCGUGGGGAGGAGAGUGUUGUACAGGAAAGCCUUGCGCAAUGGAAAAGUAAUGGAAAGUCGCUCAUAGCCCAAAAUGGCUGCGAUGCUAAAAUCAAGUGGCGGCCUGAUGAAGAUGAGCUGAGAGCCAUGGGUCCAGCUUUCCAGACGCCAUGGAAAGAAUUCUUCCAAGAUCGCCCGGACAAGGCUGUUGCCAUCUUCGGUCUAUGUGCGGGAUAUAUUCCGCUCUCGAGUGCCCUUCCUCUUCGCAACUACAUGAGUGCUGGCUAUUUUACACUUUACCCUAGGUCUGUUGGCAGCGUUCAUAUCAAACUAGGAGAGAACGGCAAGGAAGUCCUCGACUUCACUACGGGCUUCCUGGAUGAUCCAUCCGAUAUCGUACCUCUUAACUUUGCGUACAAGAAGAUGCGAGAACUAUUACGACGCAUGCCUUCCUACCGAGGUGAAGUCCCUGCAGGCCACCCAUGUUUCUCAGACGGAAGCGCUGCAGUCUGCAGCGAAACAUCCGGGCCUGUGGACUUGAAUGCGCCUGACAUCAUCUAUACUGCUGAAGACGAUGAGGCGAUCGACAGAUUUCAUCGUGACAACAUCCCAACGGCAGCGCACUCGUUGGGGACUUGCGCCAUGAAACCAGAGUUAGAGAAAGGAGUCGUCGACGCUCGGCUAAAUGUGUAUGGCGUGGCGGGCCUGAAGGUUGCAGAUAUGUCUAUCGCGCCUAGAAAUGUUGGCACGAACACGCACUCAACGGCACUCCUCAUUGGAGAGAAGGCUGCACUGAUCAUUGCUGAAGACUUGGGUAUGAAUUGCGGACCACAUGCUAAUGAGAAAGUGAACAGCUCGCCGUGUCUUUGAUACUCAUAUU